GCAGGGCGGCGCAGCAGCAGCAGCGACAGUCGUCUCGGCGGAGGGAAUCGGGGCUGUUGUUCUUGGCGACCCGGGAGCCCUUCGACCAGGACUCGCUUCCCACUGGCUGUCUCCAAAAUGUCUUCAGAUUCAACUUCGGCCCACAAACGGUCCCCGUCUCCUAGGGCACUCCAUCUGCCAGAAGGUCGCCGGACCAGAGAACGUUCUCCUUCCCCCAUGAGAGGUUAUCUCAUCCCAAGCCCACUUCCCACUCGGAGGAACCGCACGUUUUCAGCGACGACGCGAGCCGCUGAAGGGCCCACCUACAGUGGGGUGUGUAAAUGCUUCUGCCGAUCCAAGGGCCACGGUUUCAUCACCCCUGGCGAUGGAGGCCCAGAGAUCUUCGUCCAUAUUUCUGAUAUUGAAGGAGAAUAUGUCCCGGUAUCUGGUGAUGAAGUCACCUACAAGGUGUGCUCCAUUCCGCCAAAGAAUGAGAAGCUCCAAGCUGUAGAGGUCAACAUCACUCACCUAGCCCCGGGCACGAAACAUGAGACGUGGUCGGGACACGUGGUCAACUCCUAGAGGGAGUUCUAAAGCCAUGUUGACUGAAGAGGACUAUUGGACGGUGUUCAACAACUUAAGAGUAGCCAAGCCCGAUGAGUUUUUGCAGAUUGUGUAAUUGAAAACAGGGUUCCAAAGUGGCCAGAUUAAACCCUUUUUUUUAAAUAAAAAAAAAAUAGCACCAUGAUUUUCAAAGUAAACAAAUUAGUAAGUGGGAAAGUCAUAGUGUUUGGGCUAGGAGGAAAGCAGACAUUUAGGUCUUGAUUUACAAUUUGAUUUUUUUUAACUGAGUGGGAUACUCAAAGUAUCUUAGAAAGAUCUCGUCAGAAGAGGAAGAAAUCGGAACUGGCCCACCUCCUCAAAAGAGGGGACCCUCUGGGUGGUCCUUCCUCAAUCUGAAACCUCUUAGAACUUGAACCUCCCACUCAGAAGGCUAGGCCGGCUGUGCAGCAUCGUCUUUGAAGUCCCAACGCAUCUGAAUAGAUCAGAUUGAAGAAGGCAGCAGCCGAUUAGUUAAAGAGGUUUUCUUGCUUUGAUGGUAGUAUUUAGGGGCAAACAAUUUAGGAGAAUGUUUCUUUGUUUUCUAGCAGAAAAUUAGCUGAUUUUGCUGGUUAUUUUUUGCCUUGCUUUUUGGAUGAUGGAAGCCAAGGUGUUAGCUUGAGGAAAUACCUCCAGAGGAUUUGUGUCCUAUAAUUUGAUGUUGUUCUUCAUUGUUUUUAGAGUAGCUAAAAAAGCGACAAAAACCUGCUUUUUCGCAUAGAAACCUUUCCUACAUGGAUUUAGUACCAGGUGCUUGGGUUGAAUAUUAGUGUGUGUAGUUGCUUUUCUUUUUCUCCCCCCCCCAAAAAAAAUAUAUAUAUACAUCAGCGGGUUUUUUUUGGCAGUGGCUUGCUUGCAUGUACCCUAACCUCACACCCCCAGCCCUGAUUCACACUUUGAAAUCAUUGUCGGCUUCUUCAGCUGACAAUCUCUGCUCUUACAACUGUUGUGUACACACACAGAUUUAAAGGUUUGUAAUUUGCAGCCAAUUUUGUGUUCAUCUUUGUCUCAAACGCUUCUGAUCUUUGUCCAGCAAAAAAAAAAAAAAUUGUCUUGAACAGUAUUUAACUUAGAAACUUUUAGGGAGAGUGGAGGAAAAUAAGAUGUUUGAAAUGAAUUCCCUUUGGGGGGGGAAUGGUGUGUGAAAGUAUUACAAUCACUGACCAAUGACAGAUAAAAUAUGACAAAUAAAAUACUUGCAGUUUGCA